UUGGAAGGUAGUGAGAAGGGGCCGAAGCACUGGGGCGAGCUCCAUCCUGAAUGGGCGGCUUGCAGCAAUGGGGAUAUGCAGUCUCCAAUUGACCUGCACCAAAAAACGGUGGAGGUUCUGCCAAAUCUGGGGUGCUUAAAGAGAGAAUAUAAGCCCGCCAAAGCAAUCCUCAAGAACAGAGGCCAUGAUAUAAUGCUUAAUUGGGGGGAAAGUGGAGCUGGAACACUUGAAAUAAACCAUACGGAGUAUGUUCUCAAGCAAUGUCAUUGGCAUUCACCCUCCGAGCACACUUUCAAUGGUAGAAGAUACUCAUUAGAGAUGCACUUGGUUCACGAAAGCAAACAAGAGAAGAGAGCGGUGGUUGCGAUUGCCUACAAAAUUGGCAGACCUGAUUCCUUUCUUAAGGAGGUAAUCAUGCUCUCUCUCUCUAACGGCAUUCUCUCUCUCUCGAUUCCCCACCAAAGUAAUGCUACAGCAUAUGACAAACCGGCCGGAUUGAACCGGAACGGGCGGGGUUACUCUGAACUGGCCUUUG